UGGGAAGUGUAUGCGGAAGUGCGUGCGUCGUUGUAGUUUUACGGAGGAGUGAGGGGAUCCCGUGUUUUGGUUGCGCGUUUACCCGUUUUUACCUUAUUUUUGGGGUUUUUUUUGACGUCAGACCGGCGGAGGAUCGGGGGCACGGAUGCGGGGAGAGGAGUCGUCGGAUUCGGAGAGCGGCAGGAUGGAGGAGAGCUCGGCGCGGCGCAGUUUGGAAGCCCUCUGUCAGGAGUUAAACCUGGACGAACAAACCGCGACAGAGGCCAUGGAAAACUUCACUGCCAUCUGCAACACGUACACUCUGGAGGGGGAGGUGGUGCACUGGCUGGCCUGUGCUCUGUACGCUGCCUGCAGGAAAAGCUCUGUUCCCACUGUGGGAAAAGGCCUGAUGGAGGGGAACUGUGUGUCUCUUACCAGGAUCCUGCGCUCCUCCAAACUCAGGUUCCUGAUCCAGUUCUUCUCAAAGAUGAAGAAGUGGGCGGACAUGUCGAACCUGCCGCAGGACUUCAGGCUGAGGAUGGACCGUCUAGAGAGGAACUUUGAGGUUUCCACUGUGAUCUUCAGGAAGUUUGAGCCCAUUUUUAUGGACAUGUUUCAGAACCCCCAGGGAGCUGAGCCGCCACGGCAGCCGCGCAGCCGCAAACACAGACGGCUGCCCUGUCACAUCAGUGAUGUGUUCAAAUUCUGCUGGACUUUGUUUGUUUACACUAAAGGGAAUUUCCGUAUGAUUGGUGAUGACCUGGUGAACUCGUAUCACCUACUGCUCUGCUGUUUGGACCUGGUCUUUGGCAACGCUCUGCUUUGUUCAAACAGGAAAGAUCUCAUCAACCCCACAUUCAAAGGCCUCCCUCCUCAGUACAGGCUGCUGGAUGGGCCCGUCCUGGAUGAACCUCCUCCAUGUGUUUUGGACAGACUGUGUGAGCUCCACGAUGGGCUGGUGGUGGAGGCCAAAGGAAUCAAACAGCACUACUUUAGACCGUACAUCCAGAAGCUCUUCGACAAAGGGAUCCUCAGGGGAAAUGAGGACUAUCUGACUGACAUGUUGGACCCUCACAACUUUAUUGAUAACAAUAAAGCCAUGAACCGGGAGUAUGAGGAGUACGUUCUGACAGUGGGGGACUUCGAUGAGCGAGUGUUUCUUGUAGCAGAUGCCGAUGAGGAAAUUGGGACUCCCAGAAAAGCAGUUCAUGAACCUCUCCACACGGCAGCGCACAGCCAACUUCAACAACACUUCGAGAAGUCGGGAUCUCUGGCGCCCUCUACGCCUCUGACAGGGCGAGUUUACCUGAAGGAGAAGGACCUCCUGGUCACGCCGGUGUCGUCUGCUACUCAGAGUGUCAGCCGGCUGCAGAGUAUGGUGGCCCGUUUGAGGACAGCCCCCAGUGAAAACCUACUUCAGAUAUUUAAGUCCUGCACCCGAGAUCCCACAGACGGCAUUUUGGCUCGAGUCAAAACAUUGGGACAAACUUUCAAAGAACAUUACACCAACGACUCUGACGACUCUCCAGGAUCACAUAUAGACUUUGCAGAAAAUCGACUCAAGUUGGCUGAAAUCCUCUACUACAAGAUCCUAGAAAAUGUCAUGGUUCAAGAGACCAAACGCCUACAGGGAAAAGACAUGAGUGUGUUGCUGGAGCAGGACAUGUUCCACUGCUCGCUGAUGGCCUGCUGUCUGGAGGUGGUGCUCUUCUCGUACAGUUCUCAGAGGACCUUCCCCUGGAUCAUCAACGUCUUUAAACUACCUCCAUUUUACUUCUUCAAGGUGAUCGAGGUGUUCAUCAGAGCAGAGGAGGGCCUGUCCCGGGACAUGGUGAAGCACCUAAACUCCAUCGAGGAGCAGGUCCUGGAGAGUCGAGCCUGGACCUCAGACUCUGCCCUGUGGACCGCUCUGCAGGCCGCGGGCAACAAAGUGCCCACUGUGGAGGAGGUGAAUUUCUCCUCCAGCCUGGACACUGGCUCCAGCUCCACAGGGGGGAACAGUUCCUCAAACUCAUCCCAGCAACAGUCUCACCUGCCCAUGGUCGCCCUGUCCCCUAUCAUCCACCCGCGCAUCAGGGAAUUCAGAACCACCGUUGGCAGCUCAGUCAAAACUGUCCCCGCCUCCCCUCUGACCGUCCAUGACAGAUACAGCUCCCCCGCAGCAGGAAGUGCAAAGCGUCGUCUUUUCGGCGAUGAUCCUCCGUCGACGGGGGCAACGACCAAUGGGAGCGUGAUGCCGUCUCCUGCUAAGAGACUGACCUUUGGAUCCACCAGUACGCUCAAGAUCGCCCCCCAGCCCCCCACACCAGGCACCGUGGUACUGCAAGGUUUGAAUACAGACCGCACCAUCACGCUGAUCCCAGUGCAGCAGGUGAACCCCUCAAACGCAGUCACUGCGCACUUCCUGCUCACUACGUCCCCAAGUCGGGUCAACGUGGCCCCCUCGACCUCUGACCCCCAGGCAGGGAAGCCGCGGCGCACAGGCUCACUGGCUCUGUUCUUUAGGAAGGUGUACCAUUUGGCCAGCGUGCGUCUGCGUGACCUCUGUCUGAAGCUGGACGUCAGCUCGGAGCUGAGGGGGAAGGUCUGGACCUGUUUUGAACACGCUCUGGUUCACUGCACCGACCUCAUGAAGGACAGACAUCUGGACCAACUGCUCCUCUGCAGCAUCUACAUCAUCUCUAAGGUGACCAAAGAGGCAAACACCUUUCAGGACAUUAUGAAGUGUUACCGAAGCCAACCUCAGGCCAACAGCCAUGUGUACCGGAGCGUUCUGAUUCGUCGCGCCUCCAGAGAGCAGGUGCCAGAUGAAAACAUGGAGGUGGACCCGGCCUCUGGAGGAGAAUCUGCGGAGAAGAGCAGUCAGGGCUCGGGGACUGACCAAUCAGGAGAGGAGGAGCGUGGUGACCUCAUCCAGUUCUACAACUCCGUGUUUGUGCUCAAGAUGAAGAGUUUUGCCCUCAGAUACGCCAGUCAUGACAACAAGUCGGAUGCCCCGCCCCUGUCCCCGUUCCCCUCGGUGCGAGCGCAGCCUCUGUCUCCUCGGAGGAUUUCUCAAAGACAUUCUCUGUAUGUGUCUCCUCACAAAAACUCCCCCAGCUGUCUGUCCCCCAACUCUUACACCUACCGCAUCAACAACAGCCCCUCGAAGGAGUUGUCAGACAUAAACCGUAUGAUCCGUCAGGGCUGUGUGAGCCGUAAGAGGGCCUUUAACAUCGAUGGCGACGUUACGAUGUCAUCGUCGUGCGACUCUCCCAGUAAGAGGGUGUGUCCUGAGAACGGCAGCAGUCCUGAUGUUCUGCUGAAGAGACUACAGGACGUGGUGUCCGAGAGGCAGAGUCACUGAGCCCUUGUAUUUAUAUGAGAUAAGUGUUGGGUUUGGGUUUAACAUAAUCAAGUAUUAUGGUUUCUACAUAUUUAUUGUCUUUCUACUAUGACCUAAGGGACAUGUGACUAUGUGAAUGUCGUCCUUUUAUAAACAGUUUUUCAUCUGUUCUUUUACUAACGUACCAAAUUUAAACAGCAAGAACUACAUAGUCCAAAUAUGUAAAUUGAUAAACUGAAAUUCCAAUUUUUCGUCAAGUUAUACCACAAAAAAAAGGCUGCCAUCUUCAAACACAAAUAUAUUCAAUAUUGUCAAAUUAUGACACGUAUCAAAUGUUUGAUAUAAAAUACAAAACAUGCUAAACAAUAUUGGGCUAUGUGGAGUUUUAUUCGCUGCUUUUGACAAUUUGACAUUGAACUAAAAUAACAGACCAUUUGACUCUUAGUUUAUUUUUUUCCCCCAAAGAUUUCUAAUUACUUUUAUUAAAUUAGCAAAACUCACACCAGCUACUGACAUUACACCAAACCUUAACCACUUAAGCACAGUAUUAACAGCAAUAACAUUUUACUCUUCCUUUUAUCUUUUUAUUCCAGAGAAUACAUCUAGUUUGACAGACUGUUGUAUUUUGGUCCUUCUAAAACCUGUAAAUAGUUGUCUUUAACAAAUGAAUGAAUCCAGUUUUAAUCUCCUUUAGUUCUUUGUGCUGCAGGACAAUGUGUAUUUUAAUAUUUGUACUUUCUUGUCUCGAGCUGUUAUGGGCUAAUUGUAUGUCAAAAUGCUGAUCACCGGCAUAUUUGUGUGUAAUUGUGUAGCAUCUACACAACCUUUUAUUCCUGUUUUACUAAUACGAGUCCUGUGUUGGAAAUAUGACUUGGUGUAAUUGAAAUUGUUUAUUUUUUCACUAUAAAAGGCAAUAAUGAUUCACACUUCACACUCAUGUUCAACAAAGCACAACUGUAUUUUCUGUAAGACAAGUUUUACAAUAAAUUUCCUUUAUAAAUGUUG